CCCGGCCCUGCUCCGCCGCGGCGCGAGGUCUAUGUGACCGGCGGGCCCGGGGCAGCCGCAGCCGCCGCAACGCGAACAUGGACGCCGUCAACGCCUUCAACCAGGAGCUCUUUUCACUUAUGGAUAUGAAACCUCCCAUCUCUAGAGCAAAGAUGAUUCUCAUUACUAAAGCUGCUAUUAAAGCUAUUAAGCUCUACAAGCACGUUGUUCAGAUCGUAGAAAAAUUCAUCAAGAAGUGUAAACCAGAAUACAAGGUUCCAGGAUUAUAUGUCAUUGACUCCAUUGUGAGACAGUCUCGUCAUCAAUUUGGAACUGACAAAGAUGUAUUUGGGCCAAGAUUCUCUAAAAAUAUAACUGCUACAUUCCAAUAUUUAUAUCUUUGUCCAUCUGAAGAUAAGAGUAAAAUAGUUCGUGUGCUAAAUCUUUGGCAAAAAAAUGGAGUGUUCAAAAUUGAAAUUAUUCAGCCUCUUUUGGACAUGGCAGCAGGAACCAGUAAUGCUGCUCCCAUAGCUGAAAAUGUCACCAACAAUGAAGGCUCGCCUCCACCCCCAGUAAAAGGCUCUUCUGAACUUCCACAAGCUCCCACAAACUCCAUGCCUGCUGUACCACAGCUGCCCAGCCCUGAUGCCUUUGCUGCUGUGGCUCAACUGUUUCAGACAACUCAAGGCCAGCAGCUUCAGCAGAUCCUUCAGACUUUUCAACAACCUCCAAAACCACAGUCUCCCGCCCUUGACAGUGCUGUGAUGGCUCAGGUUCAGGCUAUCACAGCUCAGUUAAAGACAGCUCCUACACAGCCACCUGAGCAAAAAACUACAUUUGACAAGAAGCUGCUUGAUAGAUUUGAUUAUGAUGAUGAGCCAGAGGCUAUGGAAGACUCAAAGAAAGAGGAUGCUGCUGCUAUCACCACUGCGGCCCCUGCUGCUGCUGCACCUCCUGCACCCGCUGUGGCCACACCUGCGGUUGCUCCUGCUGUGCCAGUACCCUCUGCCACCUCUCCCCCUCCUCCACAGGCACCAUUUGGAUAUCCUGGAGAUGGCAUGCAGCAGCCAGCAUACACACAGCAUCAGAAUAUGGAUCAGUUUCAACCUCGGAUGAUGGGAAUGCAGCAGGAUGCAAUGCAUCAUCAGGUCCCACUUCCUCCUAAUGGACAGAUGCCAGGAUUUGGACUUCUCUCUGCACCUCCAUUUCCUCCUAUGCCUCAGCCUGGGAUGGCACAGCCUGGGAUGACACAGCCCGGAAUGCCUCAGCCUGGGAUGGCACAGCCCGGAAUGCCUCAGCCUGGGAUGGCACAGCCCGGAAUGCCUCAGCCUGGGAUGGCACAGCCUGGAAUGCCUCAGCCUGGGAUGGCACAGCCCGGAAUGCCUCAGCCUGGAAUUCCUCCAACUCCAUCAGUACAACCAACUUUCCAACCUACUUUUCAGCCACAAAAUGAGCCCCUUUCACAAAAGUCACAUCAGCAGGAAAUGGAAGUGUCACAGCCUUGUGUUCCAGAGGUUAAACGGCACAUGCCUGAGAGCAGAAAGUCAAGAUCAAGGUCAGCAUCCAGGUCACCGAAAAGGAGAAGAUCUAGGUCUGGCUCGAGGUCUCGGAGAUCCCGCCAUCGGCGUUCUCGGUCCCGGUCCAGGGACAGGCGCCGGCACUCACCUCGGUCUCGAUCUCAAGAAAGACGGGAUCGGGAAAAAGAGAGGGAACGGCGACAAAAAGGCCUUCCUCAGAUCAAGUCAGAAACUGCAAGUGUUUGUAGUACCACACUAUGGGUGGGACAGCUGGACAAAAGGACUACUCAGCAGGAUGUUGCCAGUCUCUUAGAAGAGUUUGGUCCAAUUGAAUCAAUUAAUAUGAUUCCUCCCAGGGGUUGUGCCUAUAUCGUUAUGGUUCAUAGGCAAGAUGCAUACCGUGCCCUGCAGAAACUGAGCCGAGGAAACUAUAAAGUGAACCAGAAAUCCAUAAAGAUUGCCUGGGCCUUAAACAAAGGAAUAAAAGCAGAUUAUAAACAGUACUGGGAUGUUGAACUUGGUGUUACUUACAUUCCGUGGGACAAAGUGAAACCUGAGGACCUGGAGAGCUUUUGUGAAGGAGGAAUGUUGGACAGUGAUACUCUUAACCCAGAUUGGAAAGGAAUCCCCAAAAAGCCUGAAAAUGAAGUUGCCCAAAAUGGAGGCGCAGAGACAUCCCACACAGAGCCAGUGUCCCCCGUACCUAAGCCUGUGCCUGUGCCUGUGCCUCCUAUGCCUGUUCCUGCACCUAUAACAGUGCCGCCUCCACAGGUCCCUCCACAUCAGCCGGGUCCUCCUGUAGUUGGUGCUCUCCAGCCACCUGCUUUCACACCUCCCAUGGGAAUCCCCCCUCCAGGCUUUGGCCCUGGUGUUCCUCCUCCUCCUCCUCCACCAUUUUUGCGCCCAGGAUUCAACCCAAUGCAUUUGCCACCAGGUUUUCUUCCUCCUGGACCCCCCCCUCCUAUAACUCCACCAGUGUCCAUUCCUCCACCUCACACUCCACCAAUGAGCAUCCCAAACUCCACUAUCGCUGGUAUAAAUGAAGACACUACAAAAGACUUAUCUAUUGGAAAUCCCAUUCCAACAGUGGUUUCUGGGGCUAGAGGAAAUGCCGAGUCUGGUGACAGUGCGAAAAUGUAUGGUUCUGCUGUGCCACCUGCUGCACCCACGAAUCUGCCUACUCCUCCUGUAACCCAACCUGUUUCACUUCUUGGCACUCAAGGAGUUGCACCUGGUCCUGUAAUUGGGCUCCAGGCACCAUCUACCGGUCUUCUUGGUGCCAGACCUGGCAUGAUCCCACUCCAGCGCCCUCCAGGGAUGCCUCCACCUCACUUGCAGCGGUUUCCUAUGAUGCCACCUCGCCCCAUGCCACCACACAUGAUGCACAGAGGUCCACCACCAGGACCAGGUGGCUUUGCUAUGCCCCCACCUCAUGGAAUGAAAGGGCCUUUUCCACCACAUGGUCCCUUCGUUAGGCCUGGUGGAAUGCCAGGGCUUGGGGGCCCUGGGCCAGGCCCAGGAGGACAAGAAGACAGAGAUGGAAGGCAGCAACAACCACAACAGCAGCAGCAGCAGCAGCCACAGCCACAGCAGCCACCACCACAACAGUCACAGCCACAGCAGCCAUCACCAUCACAGCAGCCAGCACCAGCUCAGCAGCAGCCACAGCAGUUUAGAAAUGAUAACAGGCAGCAGUUCAAUUCAGGUAGAGACCAAGAAAGGUUUGGAAGAAGAUCUUUUGGAAAUAGGGUGGAAAAUGACCGGGACCGGUAUGGGAACCGUAAUGAUGAUAGAGAUAAUAGUAACCGUGAAAGGAGAGAGUGGGGAAGGAGGAGUCCUGACCGGGACAGGCACAGAGACUUGGAAGAGAGAAAUAGGCGCUCUAGUGGGCACCGGGACCGAGAUAGAGAUUCUAGAGACAGAGAGUCCCGUAGGGAGAAGGAAGAAAAUCGAGGAAAGGAGAAGCACGAGGUGACAGACAGGGCAGGUGGUAACAAAGCCAUUGAACCUCCCCUUAGCCAAGUGGGAAAAAUAGACACUGUUUCAGAACUUGAUAAGGGGGAGGCCAUGGCUUCGGUGGUAAAACCUUCUGAAGAGUCACCUGCUGAGGCUACCUCAUCCACUGAACCUGAGAAGGAUUCUGGCUCAGCAGCAGAGGCUCCUCGCUAGAGACUGGAUUUGACAGAAUGUGACAGUGACACUUGGGUGUAGAGCGUGAGGUGUACAGAUGCUGUAUAAUAUUUGCUCCUGCUACAUUCACCCCACAGUAGUUGGUGGGGAUUGUAAGCAAUUUGAUUGCUUUCCUUCUAUUUAAAAAUAGCCACAAAAUAACAAAAAAUACUGAAGAUAUAUUACCCUUUUUUUGCUGUAACUUUUUAAAAGUUUUGACUUUUAAAAGUUUACAAAUCCUAAUUAGAAGUGCUAUUUUUUUUUUUUUUUAAUUUAAGACAAGGUAACGGUGAAAAGCUCCUCAAACAAUAGGGAUGUUUUUAAUAAACUCUAUUUUCGUAACAAACUUUAAUGUGUGCUAUUCUUCAUACACUGCAUUAAGGUGAAAAGGAUGUUAAUCAUCAAAGUUUGAGCUGUUAAAGUAUUGGAGUCUAAACUAGACUUAUUUGAUGGGGAAAAAGACACUUAUGUGGAAUUUGCCAACACUUGAGAGUUUUAUUCUUUUGACUUAUUUAGAUUUUGAGCAUAAGGUAAAAGUUAGUGGUCUUAAUGUUCAACUAAGAAACUUGUGUUGGCAGUUUAGAUUUUUUUCUUUCCCUGUUGGCCUUGUGGUAAUGUUGCCUAAUUUGUAAAGAGAGAUUUGCUAGGAUAAAUAAUUGGAUUCCCAAUAGUACACAUACAAAUUACCUGAUUGCUUAGGCAUUAUUUAGAAAUUUGAAUGUGUUGCCUAUGAUCUUCCAAUUCAAGUUUCCAAGGUGUAAAAUGAGGUCAAGGUUAAUGUAUGCAACUGGAAAGCUUUUUAUAGACUAGGUGCAUACAGCAGAGCGUUUCUUGUAAGUUUUACCUGUU